GCGGUGCCAUGUGGGUUGGGCGGAAAUGGAAAUGCUGAAGAUAUCCUCUUUGUUGUGUUUGAUUCUGGCAUAUACAAAUGGUGACAUUGGAUAUACCUGCUCAGACGGUUUCACUUAUCUGGCAUCCACAAAGCUCUGCUACAAGUACAUCGAUGACCAGGUCACCAAAAACACUGCCGAGGGCAUGUGUGAGAACAUUUUCGCAGUUUUGGUGGAGGUGACGUCGUUUGACGUUGAGGCUUUAAUCAAACAACGGAGGCAGAUAGAUGGAGACGAUGCGAGUUCUGUAUGGCUUGGGAUGACCAGAUCGGGGUCUACGUGGAAAUGGUUUGAUCUUGACAAGCCUGUUUCAAACGGAUACACGAACUGGGCUGCAUCACAACCUGUCGGGGUUUACAGUUGUGCAGUAAUGGCCGGUACGUCAUCAAAAUGGACAACACACGAUUGUACCAGCAAUGCCGGUGGGAUUGCCUGUCAACGGCAGCCUGACUUAAAGACAGAUGCCACCAACCUCGCUCUUGAAGCAGAGACUAAAAUUAUGCACGACGUGAACGGUGCAGUGGCGGUUGACGGAGAGCAAAAACUUGACAUCUCUUCCUGCACUGACAAUGCAUCAUUCAAUAACUACUAUAUAAUUAUUGACCUGGGACAAAAUUCCAGCCUUACUCAUAUCGGCCUAUUUGCGAAAUAUCCCGUGGAGAACACUACGGUGCAUUUCAGUACCACCUGUACCGACAGAGAUGACUGCUGGUCCAAAUGCAUCGUAGCUUCCCAUAGAAGAAGAACUCAGUGGAUAAAUACCUGCGCUGCUGGCCACAGUAACAAGGCACACUUCAUCCGACUAGUAUUUCCAAAUUUUCAAAGCAUAAGUAUCUGCGAAAUCAUCGUACUUGGUGCGAGUGCCGCACCCACAACCACCACCCCUACAACGACAACAACAACAACUACAAUGCCCUCCACGACUUCAACAACUACAACGCCCACCACGACAUCAACAACUACAACGCCCACCACGACUUCAACAACUACAACACCAACAACGACUUCAACAACUACAACGCCCACCACGACUUCAACAACUACAACAACGCCCACCACGACUUCAACAACUACAACGCCAUCCACGACUUCAACAACUACAACGCCCACCACGACCUCAACAUCUACAACGCCCACCACAACAACGUACACAUCAACUACCACAGCAUCAACAACAACAGCGACCAUCACAGCCGCAUUAACAACCACAACUUCAGUGCCCGUCACAACCAUAGCAACGGGUUCUCCUCUCAUCUCAACCACAACUUCAGAUGCUGUCACAACAGUCCACCCAGACGGGCAGGUUCUUGCUUGGGAUAGCUAUGGAAGAGCGAUACGAAAAAAGUGCACCUGUCGCUGUAAACCCCCUGCAGUUCCAAAGGUUGAAAAAGAGGCUGUUGAAAGAGGCGAUGAACUGAAAGAUGAAUUAAUAGUUGAAGCAGGCCUCUUGUCAACAGAAAUUGCUAAGAAGAUCAGCAAACAGGACGACAGAAAAUCGUCAAAUGUUAUUGGGAUGUCAGGAAUAGCGAUGUUGAUACUUCCCAUUCUUUUCAUCGUCAUCCCAGACCUGCUGACCUUCUUGAAGUGGUUGUGUAGGUGUUGAUGUGACAUGUUUGUGAUUGAUGCUACCAGAGGCACAGCAGGGCAAAAAAGUCUACAUUUACAAGCUUGUAAAUGUCUUGCGAUUUACAGUUUUGUAAACCUAAGUUUUACAAUGAAUUUACUAAUUUGCAAAAAUGAUAUUUACACAAAAUAGCAAAAUUUUGUAAAUAUUCGCAAAGAG